UUUUAAUGAGUUAUUUCAAUAAUAUUGUUAUUCGUGUAUUAUUAUGUGUCAGAUUAUUUAUUAAAUUGAUAAAAUCUGUUAUUUAAAGUUUAAAAUUCCAAAUUUUCCCGCGAAAAAAAAUGCAAGUAUUAUAAUCUAUCGAAUUUGGUUCCAAAUUUCUUCUCCUCCAUGAAGCUUCAUGAUAUCUUCUCUGUACUUAAGAUUACGCGCAUAUGAAUAUUUAUUCAAUAUUGCUUGACUAAAUAUUACAAUCUGUGAUAUUCUGCAUUGCAUUAUCGCUUGCAUAGAAGCCCAGUAAGAUUACAUCUCUCUGAUACUCCUCUGAGUGAUAAUAUGGAUAGUUUCUUUGAUUGAAAAUUAAUUCUGAGAGAUGUACCCAAGAGUAACGUUGAAAUUUGAAAAAGUCGUCAAAUGCUUCUUUAUAGUAUUUGGAAUUAUCCUGUUAUUUAUUUUCUAUAUUGGAGUACCGAAAUCCGAUCCUAAACGAAAAGGGACAAGGAAUAAUUUACAGGCAAACAUAAAGAGUGAGAGGACUCAGUAUGCCUCACUUUCAGAUGUUGGUUUAUUUCUAAAAGUAUCGAUUAAAGUAUUCAAGUCUAACGGGAGUGUUACUAUUGUUUUCACAAAUACUGGGAUAAAGACGAUUUUCUUCGACGACGAUUGGUUUAUAGCUCUGAGUGUUACCAAUGGAAAAUAUAAUAAUUUCGAUAAGUUCCAUUGCAAAAGAGAAAAUAAUGUUCUUGAUGGAUUUUUCAUAACUAUAUGUCCUGAUGUACCUAUAUUAGAAGGCCAAUCAGUUAGCCUAUCCAUGCAGAAACGUUCAGUUAUUAGAAGCAAUUUCUUUCCUAACUGGUACGUUGCAGACUCCAAAUUGAAUUUCGUUUUACUAGAAAGUACUAAAGACGAAGAUUGCAAUUUUGUCCAUUUUAUGGAUGAUGUAGACGAACGGGAAGAGCGAAGGGGCUUUGAAAGUUUAUCAGCAGAAGGUUCAACACUUGACGAAGAUGUUUCAUUAAAAAUUUUACCAAAACCAUUGAAACUUCGCAAAUUAAGUAAUGACGUUGUAAGAUUAAAUCACGAUGAUUUUAGAAUUGUUAUUUCGAAUGGUCUAAAUUUAGAAGCAUUCUACUUAUCAGAUCGUACAGGAAUUCCGUUAUUUAAUCACGAAACAGACGUACCUAGUUCAAUGAAACAGAUAGAGUUAAAGCUGUUAGAUAAAUUAGAUAUAGAUUGUAAAGAAUGCUCAGUCAGAAACGGUGGUUAUAAGAUUAGAGUCAUUCCAGAAAAUGAAAUAAUUAUCAUUGAAGCUGUAACAAGAGAAGGUAUUAUGAGUGGUAUUCAAAGUUUUAUAAGUAUUAAUAAUGAGGGUCAAGUUCCCCAUGUCUUAAUUAUUGAUGCCCCAAGAUACGAUUAUCGUGGUAUUCACGUUGAUACUGCCAGAAAUUUUGUCGAUAAAGAAGAAAUAUUUAAAAUAUUAGAGAUUAUGGCUCUCUACAAAAUGAAUAAGUUCAUAUUUCAACUCGCCGACGACGAAGCAUGGCGUCUAGAAGUACCUUCGAUUCCCGAACUCACCGAUUACGGGUCUAAAAGGAGUUUUUGUAAUACGAAAGAAUGCGAGUUUAUGCUUCCCUAUUUGGGUUCUGAUCCUACUGAUGAGGCGAGAAAAUUGUACAAUGUAGCUGAUUAUAAAGAGAUAUUGAAAAAAGCGGAAUCUUUUAGUAUUGAAGUAAUUCCGCUUAUUGAUUUACCUGGUCAUUCCAAAGCUGCUAUAAAAGCAGUUAAAAAAAGAAACGAUAUUAGAUUAGACGAUGAUGAUGACGCCUCUUCUUACAAUUCCAUUCAAGGCUAUUCGAAUAACGUUAUUAAUUCGUGCUUGAAUAGUACCUGGAAUUUUUAUUCCAUCAUUUUAAGUACUCUUACGAACUUGCAUGAGGAAAUUCAACCUCUAAAAAGAUUUCAUAUUGGAGCUGAUGAAGUACCAAGAGAAGCCUGCUCUCUGAGUCCAGCAUGUAAGAAAAUCGGAGUUAAAAGUUGCCAUAAUUAUGGCGUACAAAAAAUCAUUAAACUUGCGAAAAAGCAUAAUAUUAAAGUUCAAGCUUGGGCCGAUGCAGUUUUAGCUAUAAGUUCUAAAACUGUUACGAAAAUUCCACAGAGUGUUAAGGAUAAUUUAUUACUUAAUCUAUGGAGACCGGAGUCCCAUAGAGCACCGUUACUUUUAUCUAAAGGGUUUAAUCUUAUUGUAUCGAAUGCAGAUUAUUAUUAUUUAGAUCAACCCGAUACACCCUAUGGAGAUUCUUGGGGUUUAAAUUGGGCUGCUAAAUAUAUUGAUAUGAAAAAAAUCUUUAGGUCUUCUCCAGCCAAAUUAGCAACUUGUAAGAACUGUUCGAUAAAUUCUGGUAAAAUAGCUGGUAUUCAGGGCAGCGUUUGGACAGAAACAAUACGAACUAGUCAUAGACUAGAUGAAAUGAUUUUCCCUCGUCUUUUAGCAAUUGCUGAAAGAGGAUGGUCUAAACCAUUAUUUGAAGACUCACCAGCAGAAUUUAAUAAAGAAUGGAAUGAAUUUCGUAAUAUUGUUAGUAGAAAUGAGCUUCCACGCCUAGAAGAAUUAGGUGUUGAAUACUCUCUUCCAAGACCCUACGUUGGGAUUAAGAAUGGGUUAGUGGAAGCCUAUACUGAAUAUCCAACAUUGCCCAUAGUUUAUACAACGGAUAAAAUUCAAUACAAAUUAUUCAUUCAAAAAUCUCGAUUAGAAGAUGGAAUUUACUAUUUUUCUUCAAGAACAUUUAACGUAAACGAGAGGAAAAGAAGAUAUAGCCUUCCAAGACGAGUGCAUAUAUCAAGAGGUUCAAUAACCUACUAACAUUUCUCUGGUAUCUAAAUAUUAACAGAGCUGAACAAAGUCUUCUAGCAGUAGAAAUCCAACUAGUACAUUUUGCGUGUCCUCUUUUUAAGUCACUUUUACCAUUAUUUGAAGUCUUGAUUUCUUGUACUAUUAGUAAUUGUAGAAAAUUACCAAAAAGUUAAUUUUUUUAUAAAUGGUUGCUAUGGGACGUAGGCAAUUUGUAUUUUAGGAAAGACAAGAGAGUAUAGUCAUAUGAUAGACCAAAGAAAAUAGCCUAGAGGCUAAAGACAAUGUGAUUACGAGAUCGAAAAGAAAUCGUUAUAGGCAAGAAGAUCUUUGAUACAACUGAUAUACAUAAAAACUUCAAAUAGAGGGAGCGGGAAGGGAUGAUAAAGAUUAAUUGAAAAGGUGAUUGUAUCUUCCAACAGAAAAUUUAUAAAUGAACAGGGAUUUAUUGUAGGAAUCGGACGAUGCAAUAAUGUUAAAGUGGUCAAUUUGAAAUUGGAAAUUCAAUUAAUAGGGUAGAAUUUAUGAAACAAGAAAUAAUUAUUUUUUAAAUAAUGAUAAAUAUUUUUUUAAAAAGAGGAUAAUAGCUAUGUCUCUAUGCUCUAGUCCUUCAACUAUUACAGAUAUUCUUAUCUAGAAAGAAACUGCACUGUUAAUUUUUACUUUUCUUUGAUGUAAGUUUUUUCAAAAUUAUUCUUUCGUUUCAAACUAGACUUUUCUAACUUACCAUCUCCCAAAUCCGCCCUCUCUUCCACUCCUCCUCCUCCUCCUCCUCCUCUUCUCCUAUUUGCUAUAUCUACGUAUCUGUCAGAUAUUUAUUUUGAUAGACAGGAAAUUAACGUAAAAAUGCAUUUGAUUUUUUAACUUAACGACGUUGUUUGUAUUUCGAGAAGUGUUCUUUUUGUUUAAAAAUAUAAUCUACUUUUUAAAAAGAAA